CCACCGUUAGCGCGCUCGCCUCCUUCGACGGCGCAGUCACCGCGCGGGGCGGCCGCCCGUGAAGUAGCUAACCACGUCUUGUGUCAACGACUAAAGCUCCGGGACAGCGGCGCCCUCGACGACAGCUGGGUGGGCAGCCUGGGCUGGGAGCGGUGGCCCGGAGCUUCCGCGAGAGCGAGCAGCGGAAGCAACCUCCAGCCUGGCCUCGCCACAGCCGCCGGGCAAGCGAGCCCUGGAAUGCGCGGAAUGCUCCUUGAGCCCUCUUCUGACUGUCCGGGGGACGGUUGUGGCCACACUGACACGUAUUUUCCAAAUAAAUCGUUUAUUCUUGCGGCGGCGGGACCGAACACGUUAAUAUAUUUUUAAUUUACCCAACACUUCUAUCCAGUGAUACAACUUGGUAAGCGUUUCGAGCGAGCAUCCGCCUGGUUAGGAAGUCGCGGACUGAGCAGCUUGCAUUUGCCACGACCGUCCUCAACUGUUUUGAAGAUUGUUCAUCUUAUAACUACCAGUGUGCACAGACUCAAGUAACGUCGUGUCCCAGCGAUGCAAAGAACUGAAAUCUCAAGAAAAACUAGCAGGACUAAGAAGGUAACCCAGAGGAAGCUGUCUUCAGGUCCUGUUUGCCUUUUAUGCCUUCAAGAACCUGGUGAUCCUGAAAAACUAGGAGAAUUUCUUCAGAAAGACAAUCUUUGUGUCCAUUAUUUCUGUCUUAUCCUGUCUAGCAGACUGCCUCAGAAGGGCCGACCCAACAGAGGUCUCCAUGGAUUUAUGCCUGAAGACAUCCAAAGGGAGGCAGUCCGGGCUUCUAAGAAGAUCUGCUUUGUGUGCAAGAAAAAAGGAGCUGCUAUCAGAUGCCAGAAUGAUCAGUGUGUCCAAAACUUCCAUCUGCCUUGUGGCCAAAAAAGGGGUUGCCUUUCACAGUUUUUUGGAGAGUACAAAUCAUAUUGUAGAAAACAUCGGCCAACACAGAGCAUCCACCAGGGGAGUUUGGGGAAGGAAAGCUGCAUCUUGUGUUGUGAAGACUUAUCCCGAAGAAGUGUUGAGAACAUCUGGAGCCCAUGCUGUAGUCAAGCUGUCUAUCACCGCAAGUGUAUCCAGAAAUAUGCCCACACAUCAGCAAAGCACUUCUUCAAGUGUCCCCAGUGCAACAACCGAAAAGAGUUCCCACAAGAGAUGCUAAGGAUGGGAAUCCACAUCCCAGACAGAGAUGCUGCCUGGGAACUCGAGCCAGGGGCUUUCUCCGAGUUGUAUCAGCGCUAUCAGCAUUGUGAUGCCCCCAUCUGUCUGUGUGAGCAAGGCAGAGACAGCUUUGAGGAUGAAGGGCGGUGGCGCCUCAUUCUGUGUGCUACAUGUGGAUCCCACGGAACCCACCGAGACUGCUCCUCUCUUAGACCCAACAGCAAGAAAUGGGAAUGUAAUGAGUGCUUGCCUGCUUCAACUACGAGCUAGGCUGGAAGGGUGGUCUGCUAGAUUACAUAUCUGGAGACGCAGGUGGCACCCUCUGUUGCAGCAGCACCUUCUGCCC